AUGAACCCCCUGAAAUCAUUAAGAUUUCAGGACUUCAGCGACAUUCUCCCUCUCACCUUUGCGGGACUUGUCUUGCUCACUCUAAUUCUGUUCAAGUCACGAAGAAGUGUGAAGACGACAAAGUUACGAGGUCCAAAGAAUCAGAGCUACUUGUUCGGCUUAUACCAGUUCUUGAAUGAAACUGAAGAUGCGGGUCUCGUGUAUGAAGCUUGGGCAAGAGAAUAUGGGCCUACAUAUACUGUUCCGGGAGGCUUUGGGUCUAGUCGGAUCGUUAUUUGCGAUCCGCGAGCAAACGCGCAUUUCUAUUCAAAGGAGACAUUUGGCUAUGUACAGACCAAGUUAUCUCGAACAUUCAUUAAGAAUCUGUUUGGUCGGGGACUGCUUUGGGCCGAGGGAGAUAGUCAUCGCAGGCAACGCAAAGCCUUAUCUCCAGCAUUCAGCAAUGCCGCUAUCAGGAAACUGACUCCAGUGUUUUAUGACGCUGCCUACAAGAUGAAAGCAAUAUGGGAUUCCGCAUUAGAUGCCGGUUCGGGGGAAGCGUUGAUAGAUGUUCAAGUAUGUCUCGAUUCAGUCGGUAUCGCAGGUUUUGGCCAUGAUUUCCAUGCGCUAGAAGGAAAGAACUCUCCCGUAGUGGACGUUUUCGAAUCCUUUUCCGAUGAAGACACAAGCUGGCUCUCACGAUUUGUGUUCCUGAUGGGGCCCGUUCUUCCCGUCCUACAAAACUUACCCACAGCUCAAAACAGGACACUCAAGCGCCUACGAGAAACAAUGGGCGACAUAGCCGAUGAGCUCUUGGUCAGGAAUAGGAAAGCGAAAGAAGGGAAAUCGGUGUCGGAGGAAAAAUCGAUUAUAGGUCUUCUUAUCAAAGCAGAAUCGAGCAACUCCUCUUUGGGAAUGUCCCAGGAAGAAAUUUUAGCCCAGAAUGUAUUAUUGCUUGCUGGAUACGAAACAACUUCCAUCAGCCUUACGUGGGCCCUUAUUGAGCUGUCCAGGCAACCUCAGAAACAAGAAAUGCUAAGGGAGGAACUUUCACAGUACAUCAACGAAGAUCCUACUUUUGAUCAACUGUCGACGGGCCUCCCGUAUUUAGACGCAGUCGUCCAGGAGAUUUUGCGCCUCCAUCCCCCUGUUAGCGAGACAACGCGAAUAGCCGCCGAGGACGACAUCAUGCCGUUCUCUUCUCCAAUUUCGACCUCGACGGGGGAUCAAGUAUCCUCUCUUGUUAUCAAAAAGGGAACUGUCGUUACUUCGCCAAUUCGGUACAUGAAUCGAGCGGAGGCCUUUUGGGGACCCAAUGCACGGCAAUUCGAGCCCGAGCGAUGGCUUUCCGCGGAUGGGUGCCUUCAGGCGAAAGACAAUCCAGGACAGCGACAUAUACUCACUUUCUCUGACGGACCACGGACGUGUUUGGGACGCAGCUUUGCAUUAACAGAGUUCAAGGCUGUUCUUGCUGUCCUUGUUAGGAACUACACGUUCGAACUUCCUGAUGGUCCAGACACGAAAAUUAUCAGGCACCCAUCUAUCCUGCCGAGACCUAAAAUUUUAGGGGAAGUAGGCGCAAGAGUUCCAUUGAAAAUAAGACGGGUAGAGUAA